AUGAAGACGUCAACCAUUGUUGCAGCCACGGUUGGCGUAUUAACUGUUGCCACUAUUGGCUAUGCUAUAUAUUUCGAUGCCAAGAGACGGAACGAUCCUGAGUUCAGGCGCAAACUGAAGAAGGAGCGUAAACGUGCACAGAAGCUUGCUCUGGAGGAGGCUAAGAAGCUGUCAAACAGAAGUGCACAAACUGUCGAAGAGGCAUUGGCCAGUAUCAAGGAUGAGGAUUUCCCAACUUCUAUGGAGGAACGUGAGAAAUUCUGCAUGGAGCAGCUCUCGGCUGGAGAAGCGCUCUUCACCCGAGGCCCACAAAAUUAUGCACAAGCGGCAAUAUGUUUCUAUAAGGCUUUGAAGGUCUACCCCGCCCCUGCAGAAUUAGUGAUGGUAUAUCAAAAAACUAUCCCAUCUGAAGUCUUCACUCUUGUGAUGGGCAUGCUUAGUAAGGAUGUUCAAAGUAAACAAGAGAAGUACUACACUGUCUUCCCUCCAGAGGACAUGAAUGUCAAGGUUGAUGAGAAGCCUGAAGGUGUUACAGCGGAUGGCCAAAAGGUGACGCGACGUGGCCUAGUAGUGACCAAGGCUUUUACUGCAGGACAGGCGAUCUAUUCUGAAGUGCCUGUGAUCAACUCUUUGGAGCCAUCAUUGGAGGGUAGCUUUUGUCAUUACUGUCUGAAAGAAAUUGUCCAGGAGUCGGCCGUACCUUGUUCCAAAUGCAGUCAGGUUGUAUUUUGCUCUCAGGAUUGCAAAGAUGCGGCAUCACAGGAAUUUCAUAACAUUUUGUGCACUAAGAACUCUGAGGAUGCAGACAGUCCAGAGCGAUCUUUGUAUGAGUACACCAAAACAACCAGGAAUCUGGUACCAGAAAUGCUCGCCAAAUUCUUGGUUAAAAUGGUGCAUGAGGAAUCCAUGAACAGUGGAGCAGAGUACAACUCGUUCGAUCACAUGGAGAGGCUUCGAUACUUGGAAAUUCCUCCUUCUGAUGAGGAAGAAAAGGAGAUGGAGCUUCUAAAGGUGGCACUUGGAUCAAAUAUUCCUGGUAUCGACGAAUUCAUUACUGCGGAGCGUUAUUUGCUCAUGAAGGGAAGGUUGCUUUAUAAUCUUUACGGCAUCUCAACUUCUCUCGAUACCGACCGCACGAUCAAGUAUUUGCCUGAGAGGCAGCGCAGUAUACGUGAUGCUCCUAUUACUGGAUCGGGACUCUACCGAGUAAGCUCAUACCUGAUGCACUCGUGUGAACCUAACACCAAGAUUGUAUUCUCAGAUCAUGACCACAAACUCACAAUUGUGGCGACGAGAGACAUUCAGGCUGGAGAUGAGCUCUUUGUUGGAUAUAUCAAGAAUGGCAAACUUUCGACUGAGCAGCGUCGCCUAGAGUUAUUCACCAAGUACCGCCUGCAAUGCAUGUGCCCCCUCUGUGAGACCACUGACUAA